AUGAGUCAGUAUGGAGCUCAGUCAACUUCCUCUUGUGCUCUUGAACUACAGGAAUACACAUUCAGUCCUGUUACUGAGUCUGACGCAGGUAAAUACUUCUGUUAUGGAGCAGAGAGUGAAGGAUCACGCAGAUCACAACACAGUGAUGCAGUUACACUGACAGUAUCAGAAAGAGCCCAGGUGGUUUUAAGUGUUUCUCCACAGAAGUGGUUGACUGAAGGAGAGCCAGUGACUCUGAUCUGUGAGGUUUACAGCUCCUCUACAGGCUGGACAUUCAGCUGGUACACUCUAACUGCUUCAUCAGACUACAACAAUUAUUUUCAGCAGCUCUCAGACAUCAGCAGAGGAGCUGGAGGAAACUACACUGUCAGUUCUGCUGCUGUAAAACACACAGGAUUUUAUGUGUGCAGAGCAGAGAGAGGAGAACCAGCAUAUAACACAAACAUCAGCAGCAAACAACCAGUAUGGGUCACUGGUGUUUCUCCUCUAGUCUCUCUGAUCAUCAGUCCCAGCAGAACUCAACACUUCACAUCUGUAUCUCUCUCUCUGAGCUGUGAGGACCAGAGUAACUCUGAUAGAUGGAGAGUGAGAAGAUACACAGAGAGUGAACAGUGGGAAGAUUGUUCAUCAUCAGUGUGGGGAUCACAAACAAGAUCUACAUGUACAAUCAGCUCCACCAUCACAUCAGACACUGGAGUGUACUGGUGUCAGUCUGAAUCUGGAGAGAACUAUCAUCCUGUUAAUAUCAUUGUACACUAUGGUGUGAUUCUGGAGAGUCCUGUUCAUCCUGUGACUGAAGGAGAUACUCUGACUCUACACUGUUUAUAUCAACAUUCAACUCCUCAAAACCCCAGAGCUGAUUUCUAUAAAGAUGGAUCACUCAUCCAGAAUCAAACUACAGAGAUGAUCAUCUCUACUGUCUCAAAGUCACAUGAGGGUUUCUACUACUGCAAACACUCAGAGAGAGGAGAGUCACCCAAGAGCUGGAUCUCAGUCAGAGAUUUGACCACACCAACUCUGACUGUGCUGCAACAGAGUUCAUUGUUCGCUGGAGACUCAGUUACUCUGAGAUGUGAGGUGGAUCAGUCAUGGGAUGGAGGGGAGUUUCUCUGGAGUAAAAACUCAAACACUGAAUCUACUGAAGCUGCAACUAAAACAAUUGAUUCAGUGAAAGUCUCUGAUGGAGGAGAAUACAGGUGCAGAGCACGAAGAGGAGGAUAUUACACACAUUACAGUGAACCAGUAACAGUGACAAUAUACGAAAGACCAAAAGCCAAAGUGAGCAUUAAACCUGAUCAACAUGUAUUCAGAGGAGAGACAGUCACUCUCAGAUGUGACAUUGAUGGUGAAGGAGUCACUAGCUGGCAGUACAGCUGGUAUAAAGAUGGUUCAGGCAGUGUUUUCAGUGAACUACAGGAAUACACAUUCAGUCCUGUUACUGAGUCUGACGCAGGUAAAUACUCCUGUUAUGGACCAGAGAGAGGAGGAUCACGGACAUCAAACAUCAGUGAUGCAGUUACACUGAAAGUAUCAGACAGACCCCAGGCAGUUUUAAGUGUUUCUCCACAGAAGUGGUUGACUGAAGGAGAUUCAGUGUCUCUGAUCUGUGAGGUUUACAGCUCCUCUACAGGCUGGACAUUCAGCUGGUACACUCUAACUGCUUCAUCAGAAAGCAGCAAUCAUUAUCAGCUGCUCUCAGACAGCAGCAGAGGAGCUGGAGGAAACUACACUGUCAGUUCUGCUGCUGUAAAACACACAGGAGUUUAUGUGUGCAGAGCAGAGAGAGGAAAACCAGCCUAUAACACAACCUACAGCAACACACAGCCAGUAUGGGUCACUGGUGUUUCUCCUGUAGUCUCUCUGAUCAUCAGUCCCAGCAGAACUCAACACUUCACAUUUGUCUCUCUCUCUCUGAGCUGUGAGGACCAGAGUAACUCUGAUAGAUGGAGAGUGAGAAGAUACACAGAGAGUGAACAGCUGGAAGAUUGUUCAUCAUCAGUGUGGGGAUCACAAACAGGAUCUACAUGUACAAUCAGCUCCACCAUCACAUCAGACACUGGAGUGUACUGGUGUCAGUCUGAAUCUGGAGAGAACUAUCAUCCUGUUAAUAUCACUGUACACUCUGGUGUGAUUCUGGAGAGUCCUGUUCAUCCUGUGACUGAAGGAGAUACUCUGACUCUACACUGUUUAUAUCAGUUUACAACUCCACCAAACCUCAGAGCUGAUUUCUAUAAAGAUGGAUCACUCAUCCAGAAUCAAACUACGGAGAUGAUUAUUUCUAAUGUCUCAAAGUCACAUGAGGGUUUCUACUACUGCAAACACUCAGAGAGAGGAGAGUCACCCAAGAGCUGGAUCUCAUUUAGAGAUUUGACCACACCAACUCUGACUGUGCUGCCACAGAGUUCAUUGUUCACUGGAGACUCAGUUACUCUGAGAUGUGAGGUGGAUCAGUCAUGGGAUGGAGGGGAGUUUCUCUGGAGUAAAAACUCAAACACUGAAUCUACUGAAGCUGCAACUAAAACAAUUGAUUCAGUGAAAGUCUCUGAUGGAGGAGAAUACAGGUGCAGAGCACGAAAAGGAGGAUAUUACACAGAUUACAGUGAACCAGUAACAGUGACAAUAUAUGAAAGACCAAAACCCAAAGUGACCAUAAAACCUAAACAUGUAUUCAGAGGAGACACAGUCACUCUCAGAUGUGACAUUGAUGGUGAAGGAGUCACUAGCUGGCAGUACAGCUGGUAUAAAGACGGUUCAGGCAGUGUUUUCAGUGAACUACAUGAACACACAUUCAGUCCUGUUACUGAGUCUGACGCAGGUAAAUACUUCUGUUAUGGAGCAGAGAGAGGAGGAUCACGGACAUCAAACAUCAGUUGUGAAGUUACACUGAAAGUAUCAGACAGACCCCAGGCAGUUUUAAGUGUUUCUCCACAGAAGUGGUUGACUGAAGGAGAUUCAGUGUCUCUGAUCUGUGAGGUUUACAGCUCCUCUACAGGCUGGACAUUCAGCUGGUACACUCUAACUGCUUCAUCAGAAAGCAGCAAUCAUUAUCAACUGCUCUCAGACAGCAGCAGAGGAGCUGGAGGAAACUACACUGUCAGUUCUGCUGCUGUAAAACACACAGGAGUUUAUGUGUGCAGAGCAGAGAGAGGAAACCCAGCUUAUAACACAACCUACAGCAACACACAGCCAGUAUGGGUCACUGGUGUUUCUCCUCUUGUCUCUCUGAUCAUCAAUCCCAGCAGAACUCAACACUUCACAUCUGUCUCUCUCUCUCUGAGCUGUGAGGACCAGAGUAACUCUGAUAGAUGGAGAGUGAAAAGAUACACAGAGAGUGAACAGUGGGAAGAUUGUUCAUCAUCAGUGUGGGGAUCACAAACAGGAUCUACAUGUACAAUCAGCUCCACCAUCACAUCAGACACUGGAGUGUACUGGUGUCAGUCUGAAUCUGGAGAGAACUAUCAUCCUGUUAAUAUCACUGUACACUUUGGUGCGAUUCUGGAGAGUCCUGUUCAUCCUGUGACUGAAGGAGAUACUCUGAAUCUACGCUGUUUAUAUCAACAUUCAACUCCACAAAACCCCAGAGCUGAUUUCUAUAAAGAUGGAUCACUCAUCCAGAGUCAAACUACAGAGAUGAUCAUCUCUACUGUCUCAAAGUCACAUGAGGGUUUCUACUACUGCAAACACUCAGAGAGAGGAGAGUCACCCAAGAGCUGGAUCUCAGUCAGAGCUUCCCCCAGAACAUCAAGAUCUGAUGGUUACUGUUUCAUAAUAGUUGGAGUGACUUCAGGACUGACCGUCACAUUUUUGAUCAUUGUCUUCUUAGUCCUGCCGUGGUGCUACAGAAACGACAAAGGUGUAAGAUCUCCCUCUAGUGUCAGUCAACAGCAGAACAAAAGGCAGACAUCAGAGCAGAACCAGAGUGACGCCGGAAACAACACACUGCUGUCUGACAGCAUAAGUGGACCUACUGAAAUCACCUAUGCUGACAUUGAACUCAAAUCUACAAAGAAACAGAAGAAAAUGAAAGACAACAAAGGUUUGUCCUUUUAUGAUCAUAACUGUAGCUCCUUUGAUUUUAAUUUCUACCAUAAAUCUAAACAGCAAACAACAACAACAACAAAAAGAAAACAAGAAAAAAAAAAUAACAGUAAACACUUGUUUGUAGCUGUGAACUGUGAAAUUAAUCUGAUCCAAAAAGUCAAUGCAUGCAGAAUACAAUAUGUUGAUACAAUAUGAUAUGUUUAGAAAUUUUAUAAUUUCUAGUUAACACUUUAGGAUAGGGAUCAAUUCUCACUAAUAACUAGUUGCUUAUUAACAUGCCUAUAAUUAUAAUAUUGGCUGUUUUUUAAUACUUAUAAAGCACAUAUUUUCCAUAACAAAAUAUUCUACAUCCCUAAUCCUACACAAUACCUAAACUUAACAACUACUGUUAAGCAGUAACUUAGGAGUUUGAGGCAAAAGUAGUUGUUAGGGUUGCUGGGAGAAAAAGGGACCCAAGGGCAGAGUCGCAGUUUACCAAAUUUAUUGAACAAAAGCAAAGGCAAUAGUCCAAAACAAAUGCUGACAAUCAACAACCAGGUAAGGAAUCCAAAACUGAACUGCGUACGGGAACUGGGUACAUCAAAAAUAAAAAAAACAAGAUUAAAUAAACCGGGCAAGAAAACUAGGCACGACUAGAGCAAAAGAGUCUUAAGGGCAGUAGUGAAACGGAUGGUAAAAAGACACACUGACAGAAGCACAGAAAGAGAGAAGCAUAAGUAGUGAAGAAAAUCAAUGCAAAAUUGAGAGACAGGUGUGUUUGAGGAGAGCUGGAGCACUAAUUAGAAUAGGGUGCAGCUGUGAAGGCAGAGUGAGUGGAAUUAACAACUUAAGACAUAACACAACAGAAGGGCUGAUGAUCAAACCAGGGUCCUGACAGGACCCCCCGCCCCAGGAAUGCCACCAGGUUUCCCAGGGUGAGGGGCAGAUCGAUGGUAAUCCUCAAUAAGGAGAAUAAGGAGAAUAACCAAUCUCUUGGUGCGUUCCCUAGUUCUCAGAAGUGCUUCCCUGGCCCUCCUCCAGCUCUGCCGGCAUCGAUUGAUAAAUGCCUGAACUGAGGGAACCGCAGCUUUGGAACUCUGUGAAAGAAACAGAGGGGGUUGAUAUCCGAGACAGCAAAAAAA